CAAUUUCUUCAAAAUUAGCUUGAGAAAAGCAAAAUUAUACAAAGAGAUAGAGAGAUACAUAUAUAUACACAAAAAGAGAGAGAUGGAAAGAUUUUCUAGCCAUAUUCUAGCGGCUCUUCUUUUCCUAUUCGUUUUCACUACCUCCAUGGACUCAGCUUCCGCCGCCAGACCAGCGGCGGGAGGAACCAACACCGAGUUCAUAAGAACAUCUUGCAGCGCAACAACUUACCCUAGACUUUGCUACACUUCUCUUUCAACCCAUGUUGCUGCCAUCCGGCAAGACCCUAAGCUUUUGGCUCACACUGCCCUCUCCGUCACCGUCGACACCGCCCUGUCUACUUCCAGCGUGAUGGGCAAGCUUUCCCACAUUCGCGGCAUGACGCGGAGAGAAGUUGGCGCCAUGCGGGAUUGCGUUGAGCAGUUGAGUGACUCGGUGGACCAACUGAGAAGAUCCAUUGCGGAGAUGAAUGAAAUUAAGGGAUCAAAUUUUGGGAUGAUUAUGAGUGAUGUACAAACCUGGGUUAGCGCCGCCUUGACGGACGAGGAAACCUGCAUGGAGGGGUUCGCCGGAAAAGUCAUGAACGGAAACGUGAAGACAGCCGUAAGGGAACGGGUUGUGAAUGUUGCCCAUCUCACCAGCAAUGCCUUGGCUUUGAUAAAUAGUUAUGCUGCCCUCCAUAAUUAGCCAAAAUUCAGCAAAAUCUCAGGGUGUAUUAUUGCCAGAAUUGUGUGAUACAGUAAGCUUAGAGAGAAGGAUUAAUUAGUGUGUGUGUGCUUAAGCCAUAUGAAGAUAGUGAAUUAUAAGUUAGACUGAAAUUAUUUAGUCGUAUAUGUUGUAGUACCAAAAGUAAUUUAUUUAAGUAAUUCAAUGGUUAUAAUAACGGUAACAAGUUCAGAUUAA